CUAAAUGAACAUAUGCGAUUAUCAUCCUGAAUAAAAAAUUACUGUUCUGUGUUUAUAUAAUGCAUGUACAGAGGAUCGUCUAGGUUGUUAGAAGUGUCUACUCUCCUUGCACAAAUCACAUAUCAAGAGUUGUGUGUUGAUAUCUGAAAUUUAAAAGAAAUAACAUUGUGUGGAAUUAUUUGCUAAUACUCAAAAUGAAUAACAAAUUAUCAAGUUUUCAGAAGAUGAAUUAAUCCAUAAGGAUAAACUCAAUUCAAUUUCAAAUCAAUUGCAACAAUCAUUAAAAAGUUGUUUAAAUAUAUAUUAAAUCUUUAGAAUAUCUUAAGCAAAUCAAAUUGAAUUUAUUAGAGUAGGAAUCCAAGUAAAAAACAAUUCAGAUGAAACAUAACAAAGAAAUUCUUAAUUCAUACUUCAAUUCCUACGAGUUUGAGAAAUUAAAGGAACAAUUAACCAAAUUCAAAGCUGGUCAAUCAACUGAAGAAUAGGUAUGAUCCGCUUAUAUGUUAGAUAAAUGAUUUUAUAUCUCAAAUUAUCAAGGAUAGACAAAACUUAUAGAAUGUUUGUCAAAAUUAACUAACUCAGGGAUCCAAAUAGAGUGGAUUGCCCUAGGAGUUUAAAGACAUGGUGGUGACAGAAGUCUGCAAUUCAUUGGAGUCUUUGAAGAACUUUAUGAGAAAAGACGAUUGUAAAUACAAUAUCAAUAUUUUACAGCCAUCUUUUUUUAUAAAUCGCAACUAUCACAAGAAGAGGAUGCCAACAUCUAGGAGACGAUCAAAGGAAAAUAGUUUAUCUUCAAUGAUCAAGAUGAUGUACAGCUAAUUUAUGGAUCAUGCACACUCUCAAAAGGAAUCUAUGAGUUUCAAAUUGCCAUCGAAUAUAUACAAAAUGAAUAAUCUAAACAAGAGGAAUAACAAGAAGGUUUGGCAUCAAUUGUUAGUAACUCUCCCUAAUUGUACAAUCCUUACUCUUAACACACUAUUGGUGGUCAUAUCAGCAACUCUGGGAUCUUUGCACAAUAAGAAUACCAACAUUUACAUAGAGUCUACAUCGGAGUAGUGGAAGAUUUGGUUAAGGAUUAAAUGGCCACUUAUUCAAUAAUGUACUAAACUUAGCAAUGUUGUGCUGUCGAUAUUGUGAGAGGAGCAGCAAUUGGAUCAUUCCAUAUGAAAUAAUAAUUAGGAGAGAAAAUUGAACCAAUCUAGACUCUAUUUCACAAAAACAUGAAGAAAGGAUUAGUGUUGGCAUUUAAGAUUAACUUAGAUGAAAAGUAUUACCCUCAAUUAUAUAUAAUUCUAGUAAGUUGAUAUUGACAGAUAGUGAAAACAAGACAAGAUAUGAGGGAUAGUUGUACAAUAUGACAGGAGACAAUAUUAAACCAUAUAUCUUAAUUUAUAAGAGCAAUGUUAAAGUAACGAUUAACUGAGUUUUAAAAUAUUUUUUAUGUAAUAUGAAC